AUGCCCGUGGCGGCCUUCGCCGUUUUUGGUUGGUGUAUGGCAAAUGGAGGCGGGCUCAAUGCUAUGAAUCUUGCCUCGAAGACUGUCUCAACACCCUUGGGCUGGCGAAUUAUGGCUGGCGUCAACACCAUCUUCGGAUCACUAUCCCCCAUGUUAGUGAAUCAGCCUGAUCUUGCUAGAUACUGUAAGAAGCCUCGCGAUGCUGGUCCGAUUCAGGGAGUAAGCGUCUUUGUUGCAUCCGUCCUCGUAUUCUUCCUUGGUAUGGCAUCAACGACUUCCAUUCAGGCGAGAUGGGGCACAGCGUAUUGGAACAUCUGGGAUUUGUUCGACGCUAUUCUUGACCACUAUUUCAGUGCUGGUGCACGCGCUGGUAUUUUCUUUGCCGCCCUAGCAUUUUUCUUCGGCGUGUUUGCUACAAACUUCGGAUCUAACUCUAUUCCUUUUGGCGCUGAUAUGACCGGUCUAUUUCCAAAAUGGCUCACUAUUCGCCGUGGACAAGUCCUUUGCGCUCUUCUUGGCGUGAUCGUUCAGCCCUGGCAGCUCAUGGCCAAUGCUUCGGCUUUCCUCAGUUUUCUCGGCUCCUACUCGAUUUUCAUGGCCCCAUUGUGUGCAGUGAUUAUUGUCGACUAUGUUGCACGAAAGGGCAAUGUACAUGUUCCAUCCUGCUACAUCGGCGAGAAAACCGGACUGUACUGGUUCAAAGGUGGUGUGAACUGGUACGGAGCAUUGGCAUGGCUACUUGGAACAACUAUGGGUAUUCCAGGUCUGAUCGGCCAGUACCAACCGAAUAUUAUCAGCAAUGCCGCGAAGUAUAUGUACAUGAUGGGAUGGCUUCUGACAUUUUUUACUUCGGCCAUCCUGUACUACCUGAUGACUCUCUACUUCAAGCCCCAGAUCCUGCCUCGAGGUCGGGAGAACACACCAUCGAGCUUUGAAUGGUUAGCAGAUGAUGGUCGUGAAGGAUUCUUCGAUGGGGAGAGAGAGGGCGAGAUCAUUUAUGCUCCUGGCACCCCUCCAAUGACAGAUUCCGAGAAGCUGGAAAUGGGCGAAAAGUCACUUAAAGUUACUGUUUGA